AGUCAUCAGCACUCUCUACAGCAAGGGAAGUUGGGCAGUCAGUUGCAGGCCCUUCCGAGGAGCCUGGAUCUGAUCAGCAGCGUUCUCUUGAAGCCCAAACUAAUGUUGAAUCCAAGGCUGACGCAGUCCAAGUAUUGUACACUGAGUAAAGAGGUCGACCUCCACGCCCACAUGAAGCAUUGGCUGCAACUCAAGCAGCAACGCCGUGUUCAAGGGAGCGUGAAGCUGAUUCUCUUUAAACUACUCAUUAACCGUCGAUACAUCCGUGUGCUGAUUGACAGUGGUUCGAUCACUAAUUUCUUCUCUCCGAACGGGAUUCGUAAGGCGGGCCUGGGUAUGAAGCAAGUGGAACUGCAGAACCCUUGCCGGACUCAGGUGGGCAACCAAGAGGUUGUCACUUCUACUCAUGCUGUCAAAGGUGUGCGCAUCACCUUUGACAAAGAUCGCACUGUCACACAUGAGCUGAAUUUCUAUGUCCUAGACAAGUGUCCUUUCGACGCGGUCAUUGGCUUGGGCUGGCUAAAGGCUCAUUGCCUAAGGACCACGUGGGCAGACAACCAGUUCGUGGUACUUGAUGCCAAGGGGAACGAGCAUACCGUCUUACUAGACGAGACGCGCGAGUCUCCUGUGACUCUUCUCAGUGCUAACAAAUUCUGCAGGUCAGUGCGCAGGCGCAAGGAAGCUGAAUUUGUACAUAUAGCUCUUGUAAAGCCUUUCCACGUGCCUUCUACUUUUGCUGCAUUUUCUACCUCUGAAGGUAAUUCUACCUCUAGUACCUCUACUUCUGUUCCACCUAAAAUCGAGGUAAUAGAAGGGAGUGUUCCUCCGAAGGGCUGCGUCUAUCGCAUGGGACAAGGCGAGUUGGAGGAGCUGCGGAGACAGAUUGAUGAUAUGAUUGAUCGUGGAUGGAUUAGGCCUAGCGAGUCUGAACUUGGCGCACCUGUCUUGUUUGUGCCGAAGAAAGGAGGCAAGCUCCGAAUGUGCAUUGAUUAUCGUGGCUUGAACCGGAUCACUAGAAAGAAUGUGUACCCUUUGCCUCGUAUAGAUGAUCUGUUGGAUGCAGCCGGUGGUUGCAAGGUCUUCUCUAAGAUUGACCUCAAGUCUGGCUACCACCAGAUUGAAGUCGAUCCGAGCGACCAGCACAAAACCGCGUUCAAGACACGCGAUGGGCUGUACGAAUUCAUCGUUAUGCCCUUCGGCCUUACGAACGCGCCAGCCACGUUUCAGUCCCUCAUGGACAAGGUACUCCGCCACCAACUUAACAAGUUUGUGGUUGUGUAUCUUGAUGACAUUCUGAUUUUCAGCAAGUCCAUGGAGGAGCACGUCAAGCAUCUUGAGGAGGUCUUGCAAGUCCUCAAAGAUGCUCAACUGCACCUCAACUUGGAGAGAUCUGAGUUUGGUAGGGACAACGUCAUCUAUCUUGGACACCGGUUGUCUGCGAGCGGCCUUGAGCCGGAGGCAACCAAGGUUGAGGUCAUCCGCAACUGGCCACAACCGGCAAAUGUACGCGAGCUACGUUCUUUUCUUGGUUUGGCUUCUUACUACCGGAAGUUUGUGCCUAAGUUCUCUGUCAUUGCUCAUCCACUUUCAUGCCUGACUAGUAAGAAUGUUGCCUAUGCGUGGUGUGAAAAGUGUGAGACUGCGUUCCAAGCCUUGAAAGAGGCUUUGGUGAGUCAUCCUGUACUCCGCAUUGCGGAUCCCAAACUCACGUUCGUAGUCACUACGGACGCGAGCCAGUUUGGGAUUGGGGCAGUGCUGCAACAAGAUGAUGGCGAUGGCUUGCGUCCGCUCGAAUAUUACAGCAAACGCAUGCCCAACCACAAGGUAGCUACUUCCACGUAUAUGCGAGAGCUUUACACCCUGCGCGAAGCCCUCGCACAUUGGAAGCACUACCUCUUGGGUCGCCACUUCAAGGUCUACUCUGAUCAUCAGACCUUGCAGUGGAUUCAGACACAAUCUGAACUCUCUCCUACGUUGACCCGCUGGCUGCAUGACAUUGAUGUUUACAGUUUUGAGUUGAAGCAUAAGAAAGGCUGCUAUAAUCGUGUUGCUGAUGCCCUGUCGCGCCAUCCUGAGUAUUUGACUUGCCUGGUGGAUUCGUACGACCUCCGCAGGAAACUGAAGGAGGAUCUGAUCGAACACACCGCCAAGGAUCCAGACCUUAGUCCCAUCCUUGAGCAGCUCAAGGCUGACCCCAACAACCAGCCUGAUUUUCAUGAAUGCGAUGGUCUUGUAUUCCGCCGGUACGGGAAAUUUGAUCGCUUGUGUAUACCCAACCAUGCGCCUCUCCGAACUCAUUUCUUGGAUUUGGCACAUGGUCGGAGUGGACAUUUUGGCUUUGAGAAGACUUAUGGAAGCCUUCUGCAGCAAUUUGAUUGGCCAGGAAUGAAAGUAUCUGCUAAGAAAUUCAUUGCUGAAUGUCAAGUAUGCCAAAGAAUCAAGGUCCACAGGCAUAAGCCUUAUGGCCUACUGAGACCUCUCCCCAUUCCUGAUGGACCCGGUGAGUCGAUUUCCAUUGACUUCACGGACAUGGGAAAGGUGAGUGAGGCUGGGAAUUCACAAGUCAUGGUCAUUGUGGAACGCUUCUCCAAAUUUCUGAACUUGAUUCCUCUCCCUCCUCAUGCCCCGACUGAAUUUGUCAUAGAAGAAUUCCAUCAGCAGUACAUUCUGCAGUCCGGCGUCCCGAAAACUAUUGUGAGUGAUCGGGACACCAGAUUCAUCAGCAAAGAUUGGAAAGACUUCACAUCUCCGAUCUACGACAUCAAACUGAACAGGACUUCUGGUCGACAUCCCGAAGCCAACGGACUAGCUGAGGAGAUCAACCAGACUGUCAUCCAAUUGCUUCGCGCACUAAUUGUUCCAGAUCAGAACACGUGGGACAAGGAACUGCACAAAGUGAAGGGGUUGUACAACAACUCUAUUCACUCUGCGACUGGUGUGGUGUUCCCAUCAGCCUCCUUCAAUGUCAGCCUUGGUGCCAGAGUUGCUCUGUCGCGAGGACACACAUCUAUUCGGCUCAUAAUCAGAAAUGUGCUGGAUGUCGUGAUGGAGAUAGCACGUGCCUCAUUUUGGAAAGCUGGUCCAGGAGCGAACUUUAUCAAUUUGAAGAUCAAUUUUAUCGCCGUUUCUCCCACCGUACAUGGCGUCCUUGGGCAGACCUAUCGAGAGAGUUGGCGGACAUACAUGAAGCUUGAUAGAGCGAAGGGGAUGAGGAGAAAGCAAUCAACACCUUAUUUAGUGGAUGGGGUUGAAGAGGACUAUGAGACAUCCGGAAUUUUGGACACAGAUUGCAGGUUCACAAAGUUUAAGCAUCCUUUGCCAGUGAAGUUGGGUCAUUCACAAGGCCGAAAGCUUCUUUCGGAGAUGAUUGCUCGUGAAGAGAGAGGAGGAGAGGAGGGCACAAAGUUGGUGUUUGGAUGCACAGGUUUUGGAGGGGACGCACUUUGUGAUGGCUGAUGAGUGAGCCAUCACUUAGUUACAGGGCAUUGGAGACGAUUGUCGAUUAAGAGAGAGGAAGAGAUUCUGAACACAAAUUUGGUGCUCAGUUGCACAGGCUUUGGAGGCGAUAAUCUUUGUUACUGGCAAGUUAAAUGGCUUGUUUAGGAGGUAUAGUACUGGGGAGCAGCGGUUUGGAGAGAAGUGGGGAAGGAUGUGUUUGGGCAAUGACCAGCAGUACAUUGGGCGGGUUACAGAGGCUCUGCUGGGCCUUUGACUUGAAGAAGUUAAGAGGGAUCUUCUAGAAGCAUCAUUGCUGGCAUUGGUUUCUGGGAGGUUGCUCAGACUAUGCUGCUUAUCAUGUAGCAAUGAAUGAGAUCAGGCGUC